AUGAAAAAAGAAGAGAUGUUGCGAAUGAUCGUAAGCGCCGGUUGGGGUCUAGAGUUCUUACACUCAAACUAUAUCAUUCACCGAGACAUAAGCGCGAGGAACUGUUUCUAUGAUACGCAAAUGAUAAAACUGAGUGGAUUUGGACUAGCGCGAAAAACGUUGAACUAUACCAUGAAGACGAUGAAAAAGCUGGCAGUAAACUGGAUGGCACCAGAAACAUUGAAAGAUUUCCGCUACAGUCAAAAAUCAGAUGUAUACUCGUUUGGGGUAAGAUGGAAGAUGAGAAGCAUGAUUGUCCUUGCAUUUGAAAUCUUUUCUCAAAGGGAACCAUACGAAGGGUUACCAAGCCAAGAAGUAAAGGCACUCAUACUGGAAGGUAAACUGAACGAUUUUCCACCGGAAACUCCGAAAAAACUGGCAGAUUACGUACUUGACAAAUUGUGGGACAGUAAUCCUAGCAAACGACCGAGCAUGACCGAGGCAAGCAGAUUUUCUGUUCCCUCCAACUUUGCUUUUGAUACAAUGAUUUUUUAG